AAGAACAUUCAGCGCAGCAUCCAGCAGGGUUCCCGGAUCUAAUCAAUCAUUCAAUCGAACUCUAUAACUAGAUGCUGAGAUGGAGCCAACUCAUAGACCAUGGAAUAAGAGAAUUAUAUAUGUAUUGAGCUUAUAGAAAAGUCUACAGGCUAGUGUCAUGGCAGCCUAUCCCAAAAUUAUCAGCAACUGUACUCCUCGCCAUAAACAUCCCCUUAGUCUGUGCGAAGGUCUGGCCCCUUACAAAUGCAAUGGGUGCAAAGAAUAUGGAGCCAAUAUUGGGUACCGCUGCAACUUCUGCCCAAACUUCACACUACAUGAGGUGUGUGGAGCUUAUCCCGAUUCUUAUGUUCAUCCCUUUUAUCCCACCUUGGAAUUCAGAUUCCGCAAGAAAACCUGUAUGAGUCAUGAGUGCGAUGCCUGUGGGGAGGUUCUAAAAGGAUUUAUGUAUCAAUCGCCUAGGCCAAAUUUAUUGAAGCCUUUGCGCCUUCAUCCUCUCUGUAUUGCGCUCCCCACUUCUCUCAACUAUAGCGCCCAUGAAGAACAUCCUGUGCAGCUUAUAAUGGAGACAGGAGGAACAUUCAGUUGUAGCAGGUGCAACGAGAACAAAUCUGGGUGGAGUUAUAGGUGUGAUGAAAUGGCGUGCAGGCUUCGUGUUGAUUUGGUGUGUGUGAAGGUCGAUAUUAAUGGUCUCCCAGAGCAUGGUAUUGCAAGCAUGAAAUAUGACCGUUGGCUUCUUGGCAACUGCUGCUGCACAUAGCAUAGAUACCCAUUACUCUUAUCUUCCUUUUGCCAAAACAAAUGAUCAGUUUUGUCUAUCACUGUUAGAAUUGUUUGCCAUAGCAGCUGCAGGAAUUGGGUAUUGUCGUGAUGUUGUCGCUUAGACUGUAGUGCAGUUUUCUGAAUUUGUAUUUUGAGUAGGGAGUUUUGUGGGUUCUGUAGUGUAGUGAUCUUUUCUUUGCAAGCCAGGCUUUUUUCAUUCACUACUGUAAUGGUAGAUUUGUAAUAGCGAGAAUCAUUGGAAUUGUACCGUUGUCAUGAUAAAAAUAGUAAUCUGGUUGAAAAGAACUUGUUGUAACGUUUGAUCUUGUUUCUGAAUAAGAUAGAUUCUUCUCCGUCUUUUAGUUC